AUCUCUUACUCUUACUUUCUUGACCUGCUUGUACAACUGCUGUCAUAACGACGACGGUCACCAUGCCACCCAUAGAUCCGGAAGGGAAGAUACCAUGUCCCACCCCGCACAACCUACAAGCCGAACUCGAUGCCCUCGCAGCUGUCUUGGACCUGGGCGAGAAAGAAGAUACCUGGGAGAAGAUGGAACGUGCCAUCAUACGUUUCGCCUGUGUGACCCGUGGUGGAGGAUACAAACACCUCACCGUCUUCGUCGAUGGAUUAGGAAGGAAAGGUCUCGGUCUCAAACUCGCCGCUUGUAUGCUAUCAGAUCGAGGCAGAUUAUCAGGAGUAUCCACAGAUCUCUUACAAACCCUCGCACCUAGGCUCGCCACCGCCUUCGCCCCUCUGGUCACCCUCUACCUCGAACCUCUGAGACAACUCCUCGGAAGACCCAAUAAAGUAUUUCUCAAACGUGCCGAGAAAUGUCUCGCCACCGUCAUUUCUCAUUGUCCACUUCCGUCCAUUCUCCCGGAGCUAUUCCGAGGUCUUGCCGAUGAAGCCGCCACUUGUCGUCGAGGAUGUGCCAGUGGGAUAGAACGGGCGAUGACGGAAUGGGACAAUGAUCUUUUUGGGGGGAAAUCGCUCACAAUCCUGGAAGAUGCAGUGAAGAGGAUGGCAACGGACAAAGAUCCAGAAGUACGACAAAUAGGAAAAAGAGUAUGGGCGUUGUACACUGCUUCAUGGCCUGACAGGGCUGAUGACUUCUCGGCUCCAUUAACCCCAACCGUCAGACGAUAUCUCGGUAUACCUGCAGCUGGAGCAGGUGCCAUUCCUAGUAAGGCAAAGAUCCCUCCCGCCGCCAGAGGACCAGCUUUGAACAAGUCUCUCCCACUAGGGGCAUCAGCCAGCUCAGUCACUGCCCCUCUACCCGCAAGUCGACCUCAACCACAACGUGUCCAAGCUUUAGCUGCAAAGCCCAUUCGGACCAAACAGCCUGCUACUACCAACCCUGAUGUCCAAGCGCACCCACCUCUGGUGGGUCCCUCCAGGAGACCUCUGGAUCGACGACCCGAACCGGUGACUUCCUCCUCGGCACCAUCCAUCGCAACCUUGACCCAUCCAGCUCGUAGCACAGUGGAAGUCACCUCCAGUCCUACUCGAGCUGAUCCGCUUUCCUUCAAAUCCCACGGUCGAUCAAUCUCCCAUACCAUCUUACAACAGUCAGCAUCAGCAAACACGUCUCCUGCUCGCGACCCUGCGUCGCUUGUCUCCUACCCCUUGGCCGGUCCUGCACGUCCACCUCUUGUGACUUCGGCUUCCUGCAUCACCCUGGGAUCAUCUUCCAGUCCGGACGUCCCUCUCCCUCCUAGACGCUUUGCCCCACCCGCGAGGAUCCUCCGUCCUAUGCCGACCGAAGAAGAAGGCUACACGGAAACUCCAGACGGAAUGUUGAUCACCCCCAGCGGUGCGACCGUCUUGCGAAAUCCUCAACGACCACAGCAACAAGAACGCUGGGUUGGUCUGGGCAAGCGCCCAUUGGGUCAUGCGCAACGAAGGGUGGCAACUGCACCAGGCACCGUGGGCGACGUGGUCGUGGUGGACGUGGCUUCAAUGGCCAAAACACCUGGGCUGGGAAAUAGAGUGCUUUCGAGGAGAGAGAAAGCUCUUCAGGAGAUUGAGGUGGAUGAAGGAAAGAUGCUCAUUGCGUCUCCUGUAAGGCUAGCAGUGGAAAUACCCCUCCCAUCUUCGCCGUUACUGGUAUCUACCAUCAACUUGCCGCCAAAGACGACAAAUGAAGUCCCGAGUCAGCAAAGCGACGAGGUCACUCUAGUUGCCUCCCAUCCCUCUCCUACGACCGACGCUGACAGAGUAUCCGCACAGAAUGUAGACAUCGCUUCGUCUACAGUCACCUUCCCCGACACAUAUUUCAACAAAGUAAUCGCGAUUCCACCAGCUGACUCAACUAUCCAAAAUGAUCCUGACUUGGCUGUCGAACAAGCAACUCAUGGGGGUGAAGCGCAUGUCAAGACGAAGCCCGUAGAAGCGACUUUAAUGCCUUCAGCCGAUCCCCCUUCCCUCGCUUCGAGUACAUCAACAAAGGUCUCUUCGAAAUUGGCAGAAGUCAAAUCCGAGCCCAACAGAUCAGCUGCCCCUAGUAAACCUCAGGUUUCCAAGACGACUCAUGGGACAAAUACCAAAACGAUGACCAUCGAACGUAAAACCUUCAAACCUACAUCUCAAAGCUCAUCGAAAUCCACCAACCCUCCGCCUCCUCCUUCCCGAGCUGCUCCAGUAGCGACGUUAAAACCCCUGUCUUCCAAACUCUCUUCAUCCACAUCUUCUACCAAGCCUUCCUUACCUACUAUAUCAUCUGUGCAGGUCAUAAAAUCCAAUCAACAACAAACGUCAAUUCUCAAAACCUCCACAUCGGCACCAAUCAAGCCCCUUGAGAAGACAAGACCUCCUCAUAGUCUGACCGCACCAACGAAAGCAUCUCAACAACGGGCCGCAGCGGCCACUCAUAGAUUACCUCCAUCUGCCGUCCCGAAAGCACCCAUUCCCGCGAAAGAGGUGGGUGAGAGGAAAGAGAAGAUCCGGUUGAAAGCUCCUUUACCAAGUUUCAGACCGCAAAGAGGAACGGCAUUCUCGAAGACUGCAGGGGCGAGAUCGAUCUCUUCCUCCACGUCUGGUGGGGUGAAACCGGAGAGUGUACCAUUACCUUCCAGUCCGAUUGUCAAAUCAUCUGAACUCAAGACUAGUCCGAAGACAACAUUCAAAAGUCUAUCUUCCAGUCCACUUGCCAAAUCAGUGGAUCUACCUUCCAUUCCAAUGAUCGACCAAGCUUCACCUACGGCUCCCUUGCAUAUUCCUCUCCCAUUGAGUCCACAAGAUACAACGCGUCAGGCCCAUCCGAUAAAAAGUCCCUUGUCCCGUCUGACCAAUCCUACGUUGAGCGGUCGAAGGUCUUUAGGUCACAUGGGAUCAAUAGAACAGAGUAUAGAAUCCGUCCCAUCUUCUCUUUCCAGACCAAGGGUGAGGAGAGAGUCUUUCCCUCCUCCACAAGUGACGAACGACGUGGCGUCUUUCUCUUCCCCUCAAAGACAUAGAAUAGUGGACAUCGAUUCUCCCAGCGCAAGUAGGCGACAUAUCGGUAACCUCACUUUGUCAACAGGCAAAAUCGGUCUAUCACUUGGUGGUUCGCCCAAAGGAAGCCCAAGCUUGGUAGAUGGAUCGGCAGCGAACGUAUCACCGAGUUGGAAAGGACGCGAGAGUAUAGGUCAACGUCUGGAAAUGCGUAAAAGGAUAAGUAUGGGAGAUGGAAUCGUAACACGGGGAAUGAUGGGGGAACAUACGGGAAGAGUGAGGGUGAAGGUUUUGUCGGAGAUUGAUAGAGAGGAACUUGACGCUUCCGGAAUGUCGAAAGAAAUGGAUGGGGACCAGGACUCGAUGGUGGCGGUGGAUACUCCACGUGUCCAGAUUGAAGACAAUCAACUUGUUGCACUUUCGAACGGAUCUGAAUACAAGGGAGUCAUUGCCUCCGAAUUGCUAGAGGCAGGAGUCGCCCAAACCCCUACUCAGGUGAUAGAAGCGGGCGAGUCCAUUGAAGUUAAGGAGAAGGACUUGAUCGAGUUUUCAGCACCUACCCGUAAUCAUUUGGCAAACUCAGAGCAACACAUCGCCGUGUCUUCUCCAGAGGAAGCCAUCUCAGAUUCAAACUCGGUGAUCAGAUCCGUCUCCUCUCAGCCCGAUUUCGACACAGACUUUGAGGCCUACGAAACAAACCCUGUCUCUCCCACAGAAGUCACUGGUAUUGUGAAUACGAACCUCUUACCUCUAUCACCACCUGCCAAACUCUUCCACUCCGACAACCUCUUACUCAACGAAGACAUCCCUAUCCCAAUCGUCAAGACCGAGAUAACGUUCCCUAUGCUCAAAUCUGACUCGACGUUUCCGAACAAAAUCAUCGAAGGGAAUCAUCAGACACCGAUAAAAGUGGAUGCGGUGGGAAAAGGAACUACACCUAGAGUAGUGUUGAUGGUUCGGGAUGCGAAUUCUUUAGGACCGAUAGGGUUGAAUGUUGGUGUGGAGAGGGAUUGAGGUUUCAGAGAUUCUCGUGGUCCAUCCUCUCAAAACUUUCCUAGCAAUUCGGUCUGCGCCGUUCUGAUGACAAGCAUAUCGCACUUUUCCGACCAUACUAGGCUUCAAACACUGGUCAAUCUCCUGGUGGUCACUGCUUAUCUAGAUUCUUGCCUGUAUCGCUAUCACCGAUAUCUAGGGUCGGUCCCUCGAUUAACGCAUGAUCAUCAAACCUCUCGUCGUCAUCUUCUCCUGAGCGGUCUCGAAUGCUGCCCACCGCGCUCGCUUACGAUAUUGAUAGGGACCUCGUACCUAGUUGGUGUCCAUGCUGAAAAGAGGAUGGAUCGUCUGGGGUAUGCGUGAUACAGACAAAUGCUCUAGGUCAAGCCCACGGUCCAUCGGCACAUCGAUACAUCAGCUCGCUACAACCCCAAAAUGCCAAAUUGUCGUCAAACUUAUACUCGUCGGACGUGAAAGAGAUAAAAAUCAUCCGACCUCAUCCUCCAAAUUCUCCUCUCAUAGAUUUCAUGAUCGGUAAGCUAUGCAUCGCAUUUACGAAAUC